AAUUGAGGCAGCAUUUUCUGUCUUUCAUGUUUAUGUCAUUAGCUGCUGUUGAGAUUCAGGUUGAAGAAGCGGUGAAUGUGUUCAGAGUGGGUGAGCCAAGUGAUCUUGGUAAACGGAGCUUCCCAAAGGGGGGUAAUGUUUGAUGCUUACUAGUAUAGGUGAGGAUUGUUCUGCUGGUUGGGUUUCGUCUUUGAUGUUCGCGAGCUUUGAAUUCGCAGCAUAGUUUCCUGCUUGUUAACACCUCCUUUAAUAAACAUUCAUAUCGUUUAUUCACCUUCCAGUUCUCGCUGCGCUUACUGGAAGGUCCCAUGAGGUUUGUUUACAUUUCAUGAAUGAUCAGACAUUAAGCUGUGAACUAAUCAUGUUCUAGCUUUUGUUUACAUAAACGAAUGUUUGUUGUAAACGAAGGUAUAUAAGCGUUUCUGUUCUCACUCUUUCUCUUUGCCUCCACAUAAUUGAGCAAGUUCGUUAUUCAGAACAUACAUUUGCUCAAUAACUUGUCUACUCUCAAGCGCCAAGCAUACUUCAUUCUAAGCUAUUCAUAACUGUUCCUCAAGUAUUCCCUAUCAGUGUUACUCUCAUUGCGCCUUUACUGUUCAGUAUUGCACGUUUGGUUUUUGGUAAAGUCUAAAAACUGACUUCCUUUAACCCGCCGUAUACAAUCACAAAAUCCAAAAAAAACGAAACCAUUCGCUAUUAAGCAAUUACCUUAUAUCAUGUCUGCCAUUGAUACACCGAUGGAAGUUGACGAGCAACUAAUCCAUCCUCAUAUAAUUCCAAAGAACAACACUCGCAUUACUACCAACGCUAUUCGCUCCCUAUCCCGCGAGGCACCGGCACAUGGAAAGAUUCAGCGACCUACCUCCAAGUUUGUUGAAAAGAAGAGGCUCAAGGAAGUGAUUACCGAGCAUGCACUCACUAACAAUGCAUCUGGCAAGCCUGUCAGUAAGCUUAGCGGUAUCAAGAACUGGCUUCGCAGCAUACCUUGUGAGGCUGUUUCACCGUCUAAGUAUGUUCGAAAGCCUGAAGCCCAUCAACAAAUGAGGGCAAGGGAAACUGCUGAUUUUAUGUCCGGUAUUAUCGUUGAACAAAACAAAGAGUGUCAACGCAUGCCUACUACUGCACCCAUUGCAUCCCUUAAUAGGGUUGCUACUGCCAAGCGUAAUUCCGUUUUCGAACUAGCUCCGUCUAGCAACAAGAAGCGACAGACAAACACCGACCGUGCUGUUCAAGAGCAUGAAGAUGCUUGGUCAAGACACUUUGCCGAGAAAAGAAAACAGGCUCGUAUGCACCAAAAGCCAACCCUUUCCGCUUCUCGUUGGGAUGACCUUUCGAAAGAGGAACGCAAUGUCUUGAUGCAAAAAAGAUGGAAGGCUUAUAUGGAUCGCAAAGAAGCAAAGAAAGCUGCAACUACUGAUGUUGAAAAGAAGACCGAACCCGAGCAACCCGCCCCUGCUCUCCCAGUUACUGAACCCGCCCGUGACGAAAAAAGCCAAUUUCAAAAGGCUGCCUCAAAUUUUAUGGCUAAAAGUGCCAAAAUUUUUACCAACAUUAAGAACAAGACUGCCAGUUAUCUUCAUCGAGAGAUUCCUGCUAUUGCUGGUCCUUCUACUUGGGUCCCUCCUGAUCUGCCUAAAGAAGAGCCUGAGAAGAAAGUAUUCCCUGAACCCAAUUUCGAGCUGAAACCGAGAUCAGCCCAAACAACAACCGACAAGUGUUUACUGAAGCUUACCAAAGUUGAAAGGAACAACUUUCUCGCGGACCUUCCUCCUAAGUAUAACAUUGAAGAUGUUCUCGAACAAGAGGAUCCAGACCGUACAACUGACUAUAGUCCAUGGGACGUUUCCAAUGAUGCCGUUUCCGUAAACACUAAACUUGCCAGCGGAUUUUCUAAUGAAUAUUCCGGCGCUCUUACUGACCCGUCCAAAAACAAACUUGUCGGUCACUUCCAAGAAACGGUCGACACGGAAGAUGGCGGCGAAGUUACUGUUACACAGGUUUCUCCUGAAGACUAUGAUGACUUUGCUGCUACCGUAUCUGAAGACUUAAAAAAGACUGAUGGAACCUUUGAAAAGACCGUCGCUAGAGAACAGAGAGAAGAGAACGGCGAUGUUUCUCUUGAAUCAAAUCUCGACUCCAAGGCUGAUAUUUUUGAUAUCCUUGUUGGUCCGGAGAAUAAGAAGAGAAAGAAUGAAUCUGAGAUUGCCGAAGAAGAGAGAGAACUAAAAUCGAUUCGUUAUGAGAACCCCAUCACAGGCAUCAAAUAUGAAGGAAAUCGUCCAAGAAUUAUUGUGCCCAGGUGUCUUGUCGAACUGAUCACUUUACCCGACAAGUCACUUCACGAGUUUUUCGAAAUUGUUAACAAUCGCUCGUAUGAUGAUGAAAAAACUCUCGCUCAUUGUAUUUGGACUUUACAAGAACACAACUUGAUUCAAAAAAACUUAACUGAAUGGCUCUCUCACGAUACUGACAAAAUGAAGCGCCUUCGUGAGCACUAUGUCAAAAAGUUUAACUUCCAAGGUAUGUCAAUUUUGGAAUCAUUGAAGUUGAUCUGCAGGAAGCUACAUCUAACUUCUGUUUAUUCAUUUGAAGAGCCAAUGCUGUAUCUAUUGGCAGAUCGUUGGCAUCAAUGCAACAUGGACCUAUCUUUUAUGAACUGUUCAACUGUGAAAUCUAUAAUGGAUGUCUGCAUUAAGCUGAACAGAAAUUAUCAUAUCGAUGGUAAUAUAUACAGAAAGCGUACCACAAAAGCAGAAUUCAUGCGUAUGGCGCUUUUCGAAGCCGCGAGUUACUUGCACAAAUCCUCAGAGGAUGUUACGAUUCCCAAGCAAUGGAAAAACGACCGGUGGAAGUCAUUAAGCUCGUUCAAUAUUGCACAUCGCGAACGUUUAAAUUAUGCACAUGGACUUGCUAAACAAUUCAACGUUCCAGAGCAUGCUUUAAUUCUCAUUGACUGUCACCUUCGUGACUUCUUUGAUGAUAUUUCCCGGACGGGAUUGCCCACCCCUCCCAAAGUCAAAACUGCAUCCGACCGUAAAGUCUUAACUGAUACAACCAACUGCUCAUCCACAAAGCCCGAAACGGAAAGUCAGUUUACUAAAAAUGACUGCCGUGAUGUUCGCAUUUAUGAGAAGAUAUCCCGUGAGGACACCCAAGCUGAUCUAAAAAGUGAUAUUUCCCACUCAUCUGUUGAGUUCGGCAAGGAAGCAUUAACUGAAGAACCCACUUCUGACAUUCCUAUUGUUUACAAAGAAGCAGACUCUGAUGUCAAGAAUUUUAAAGCAUACAGCUACGAACAGACCGUUGCUGCCUCUAAGGAAGAUAAACGCGUUCCUUGGAGAAAAUUUGGAUUGGUUUAUUGCAAGUAUUUUUCUAGCAAAGAAGCUAUGAAAGGGUUAAGAGCGAAAGCUUCAAAAUGGUUACUUCUUAGUGUCGAAGAAAAGGCAUUAAGCAUUUACAAACUUCCUAAAAUUUACUAUCUCGCCGGAAAACCCAGUUUACAGACAUGGCUCUCUCAUUCUUCUAUUGCGCAUAGAGUUGAGCUUCAAAAUUCUAUUGCUGAUGUCUCUAACAUUAAAGAUGGUUACAUGGCUGAACGGUCCCCAGUUAGCCUAACACUGCCCGAUGGAGAAAUUUUGGUAUUCACUACUGAGUCUCCCCUUGAUCAACAACAAUGGUGUCAUGUUUUAAACUUUAAUGCUGCAAUGGCUACUUGCCCUCCUCUCCCCGAAUGUGUUACUAACGUAAAUUAUGGAUGGGGAAUUCCUUUAACUAAUACCGCACACAUUGACAAUAAACAACCAGUCAAGGAAUGGCGUCCUAUCGAACUUCGUGGUGUUUGUGACGCGCCAGAAACUUUUGAGGCAAAGUGCAAGGCAAUGACUACUAGCAUUCCCAAAGUUAUUGAUGCACUAGCCAACUUUCAGAAACUACUUCCAAAGAUUAAGAGAACUUAUUCUUCCGAGCCCAAGAAUUUGCAGGUUGCACUUGGCAACUGGAACAGAAAGCUUCGUUACAUGUUCGAGCGCUGUUCCAGGCUCAAAACUUACGAAAAGGUUCUAUCACUCGAGCUGACCUACAGAAAGCGGCACACUGAUCCCAUCACGCAAAUGGUCCACUAAAUGUGUUCUUAAAAAAUGAAACUCUAAAAUAUCAAAAAAAAAAAAAAAUUCAAAAAUAAAGAAUAAAAAAUAAAAAUAAAAAAAAAACAAAAACAAAAACAAAAACAAAAACGAAAUACUUUAAGAAAAAAGAUGAAAAAAGAAUGAAAACAAGUGAUACCGGCAACACUGAUCAAAAAAAGUGGAAAUAAAACAUUUAAAACCUUGAAAAAAAUUUGAAAAAACCGAAAUUUAACAAAAAAACAAAAUAAGGAAAAAAGAAUGAUUGCUAAUAAACGGACUCUAAUAGCAACGGCGACGACUCAUCAUUGGAAACAGCAUCAAUUAUUACAACUCCUCUCAAAUUUCUCUUCAUUUUUAUUAAUAAAAGAAGGACUAACGAAAAAAGCAAUUGACUCUAUCGGAUUUAUGACUACUAAAGCAGAAAAAAAACUAGAAAACAUCAAAUAUUGGAACAGCCUAUUUCUCCUGUGGGCUGUGUCUGGAACCAAAAAUGCGGAUAAUUAUAAAUGAAGAACUGAAUCUCCGGCAGUUUCUUUCACCAAAAAAAAUGGAAAAAAACAAAAAGCUCAUACGCAGUAUCUUCUCCACUACUGUGAUGGAAGCAGAUAAAAAAAAACUUGUACUUGGAAACUAAAAAAUUUUUGAAAACUGAAAAUAAAAAAUAAGAAAUAAGAAAUAAGAAAUAAAAAAAAACUACCUCAGUUAUUAAAGUUAGCCCAAUAGUUCAGUCUAGUCAAUAAUAUUCGUUUGUUUCUUGUUAUCAUUUUGUAGACUGUUUCAAAAGUGUGGCCGAACUGUUAUAGUCAAAUAUAAUAGAUUAUAUUCUAG